UACAGAUGAUACUCGCCUUAUUUUCAUGAGCUACUCUAACUCUUCCUCUUCAGUGCUAAUUUGCCACGCGUUUUGGGUAGCUUUUACCCAGACACCACCAGCUUCCACCUUUGAGAUCGCACGCCGUAUUUCACAAUCAGCAGGAAAGCCCCUUUGUUUGCCCUUGUCCUUGUAACGUGUCGCAGGUUUCAGAAGACACGGCGAAAGCAGACAGGAGGAGGUAAAUGAAACAAUUCGAGGACAAGAGUCUGCUUUUGCGCAAAAGUGCUGGGGAGUGAGCGAGAGAGCAAGAGAGACCAUAAGUGAGUGAGCACCAACAUCGCGCGGCCACAUUUUACUCCGCUCAGCGGGAGGUCGGUAGCUAGCUAGCUAGAUUCACUCGACGCAUGCUUUUUGUGCGUCACCGAGAGCAGAGUAAACACCUCCGUUAGAUUGCUGUGUGUUGAUAAACACACGCCGCUCUCUCCGAACACCUGACAGUUCAAAAGGCAGCUAGCCAGCCGAACGGCACGCCGAGGAAAUGGUGGUCGUGGCUAUCGCAAUCAAAAGGACAGACAUCGGAGGUGAGCAAGCACGAUUUCCCUAUCGAUCCACCGGCUCUGUCUCUCUCAAAUCGACUCUCUGUCUCUCUCUCUCUCCCUCUUUCUCUAUCCGGAAAGCAGAAGACGAGGCGGUGCCGCGAAACGUGCGCCUCUGCGCCGCCGACGCCGACCUGGAGCAGCUCAAGGGCUGUCUGGCCGAGGCGCUCGACAUCGCAGACUGGCGGAAAAAAGUGUUCAAGCUGCGGGCCGCGGACGGCGCCCUACUGCCGCUCAGGAAACUGCUACAGCAGCAGUGCCAACAACACGACCAGUAUCAGCUCGAGGUGACCGAUGUUCAUCAAACCAUUCCUGUAAAUGAGACUGAAAGGGCCCUUCUGAGCGAAACCCUUGAGAACAUCAACUUGUACAAAGAGCGGCUGAAAAAACGCGUGGAUCGCCUUGAGGCAGAGGCUCCGCAGCUGAGGGUUCGCAAAGAUGAGGCAAUGCACAAGCAAAUCUCGCACCUCUCCACACAGCUGCACUACCUUUCUGACAAACUGGACGAGAUGGCCGCGUCGGGCAGCAGUGGCAGCAGCUCGUCCGCCGCGGCGCUCAAUCAAUACCAAUGAUACUCGACCCAACAGAUUUUUUGCCUCUCGGGACUGUGCCAUGUCAAACUCCUCCAAAGAUUUGUUAUUUUCUGCGAAAUGUAUUUUUGCGAUAGACGUGCAUUUAUAAGGCAGGUAUUUAUUUUCAAGUGAGUUUACUGAUUAAAUAAAUUUUUAC